AGGAAGACCAGCAAAUUUCAAGUUGGCUGCGACGUGAGCUCCGCGCCGGGGAGGGGCAGCAGGUUUUUCUCACUGGAUCACUGAAUACCCAGGCCCCCUCCACCAUGGCCAGUCGGGGUGGGGGCCGGGGUCGUGGCCGGGGCCAGCUGACCUUCAACAUGGAGGCUGUGGGCAUUGGGAAGGGGGAUGCUCUGCCCCCACCCACCCUGCAGCCUUCUCCACUCUUCCCUCCCUUGGAGUUCCGCCCAGUGCCCCUGCCCUCAGGAGAGGAAGGGGAGUAUGUCCUGGCGCUGAAGCAGGAGCUACGAGGGGCCAUGAGGCAGCUCCCCUACUUCAUCCGGCCGGCUGUCCCCAAGAGAGAUGUGGAGCGUUACUCAGACAAAUAUCAGAUGUCAGGGCCGAUUGACAAUGCCAUCGAUUGGAACCCUGAUUGGCGACGUUUACCCCGGGAGCUAAAGAUCCGAGUGCGGAAGCUACAAAAGGAACGGACCACCAUCCUGAUUCCCAAGAGGCCCCCUAAGAACACAGAAGAUAAGGAAGAAACAAUACAGAAACUAGAGACCCUGGAGAAAAAGGAGGAAGAAGUGACUUCAGAGGAAGAUGAGGAGAAAGAAGAAGAAGAAGAGAAGGAAGAGGAAGAAGAAGAGGAGUAUGAUGAAGAAGAACAUGAAGAGGAAACUGAUUACAUCAUGUCGUAUUUUGACAACGGAGAGGACUUUGGGGGUGACAGUGAUGACAAUAUGGAUGAGGCUAUAUACUGACAAAGGACCCUGAGCAGCACCCUGGACCUUUGGAUCUUUUUUGGUUUAAGAUACAGAGAGUAACUGUCCCUAUUAUUUGGUUUUGUGGGCAGGCAAAUCAUUUGCUUAGAGCCCAGAUAAACUGUUUGGCCCUGGAGAUAGGAAUGGACCGUGAUGACAGAUAGCUCCCUUAAAGGGCCAAGGACCAAUGUUAACAUACAAUGUUAAUUGUAUGAAAGAAAGAAAGAAGGGUCAGAGAAACACUGGUGCUGUUAGAGCCGAGAGAGCUAUACAUAAGCCCCACCCACUUUUGUACAGUGAAAGAUAAUUGGGGGUGUGUGCAGUUUGGAGGAGUCAGGCCAGCUUUAUAUUUUUAAAUAAAAUGUUUUUAUCUGCC